UGAUUGUUAAUUUUAUUGUUUUAGUAUUAAAAUGCUAUGAAUUAAAUAAAAUAUUAAAGUUACAUUUAAUUCAAUUAUACAUUUUAAUUUUAGGUGGUGUUGUUGAUGCAGGAGUUACUUGUGAACCACUCGUAGCUGCAAGUGGUAGUUAUGCUACACCAGGGGGGGCUAGUACGAGUUCUAGUUUUCAGCAUGUACCACCCUAUGAUUUAAGGGGUCGAAAAUCUCCUCUUCAUUUACAUGAUGCUAGUACUGCUGGAUGUAGCGCAACAGCUCCUGUUCAUCCAACUGCUACUCGGCCUACAUCACCAACAGCUUCAGCUACUGCAUCAGUAUUGCAAUCUGCUGCUACACCUCCUUUAUCACAACCAGCACGUAAACGACUCAGAAGAAAUACUUCCUGUACAAUAACUAGUGCUGAUAAUUCAAAUUCAGCUGCUCAUUACUUACAAUGUGAAUUGCCUGAUGAAGUCAUGUUGACAAUUUUCAGUUAUUUAUAUGAACAAGAUCUUUGUAGAAUAGCUCAAGUUUGCAAAAGAUUUCAAGCUAUAGCAAAUGAUAAUAAUUUAUGGAAACGAUUAUAUCAAAGUGUAUUCGAGUAUGAUACUCCAUUGUUCAAUACUGAAAGUUGUCGUUUUGACUUUAUUCCUUUUGAAGAAAGUGAACAUCACAAUCCUUGGAAAGAAAGUUUUAGACACCUAAAAAAACGGUGCUUGCAUGUAAGACCUCAUUAUAAUGGUACAGCUAAAGAUCCAGUGAGACGAAUGCCACAUUUUGACACUAUUCAAGCUGCUCUAGAUUAUGCAGAUGAACAUUUAAAUGGAGGUGCAAAACUUUUCUUACACCCUGGUACUUACCGAGGUGAAUUUCUAGUAAUUGAUUCAGAUGUAGCACUUAUUGGAGCUGCUCCUGGUGUUGUAGCAGAUGCAGUCAUCCUAGAACGUGAAACAGAAUCAACAGUAAUGUUUGUCGAAGGGGCUAAAAGUGCUUAUCUGGGACAUGUCACACUAAAAUUUACUCCAAAUGUUACAUCUACUGUUCCACAUCAUAAACAUUUUUGUUUAGAAGUUGGUGAAAAUUGUUCGCCUACUAUUGAUCAUUGUAUUAUACGUAGCUCAUCAGUUGUUGGAGCUGCUGUGUGUGUUAGUGGAGCUGGGGCAAAUCCUAGAAUUCAUCAUUGUGAUGUAAGUGACUGUGAAAAUGUUGGUAUAUAUGUAACAGACCACGCUCAAGGAACAUUUGAAGAUAAUGAAAUUUGUCGAAAUGCUUUGGCUGGAGUUUGGGUUAAAAACCAUGCCAACCCUGUCAUGCGUCGUAAUCACAUACAUCACGGAAGAGAUGUGGGGAUUUUCACUUUUGACAAUGGAUUGGUAAAAAAAAUAUUCAAUUUUUUAUAUAAAUAUUAUAUUUUAUGUAUUAUACAAUUAAAUAUUGUCAUAAAGGAUAUAACUUCAUAAAAUUUAGUUAUAACUUUAAUUUAUUAAAUCAAAAA